UAUAAAAAUGGCAGAAUUUGCUUCAGAUACUUUAGACCAAUCUUCCUCUUCAGCGCCAGUGAAGUAUAAGGUGGUGUUCCUAGGCGACCAAUCUGUGGGGAAAACCUCUAUUAUCCUCAGAUUUAUGCAUGAUACAUUUGAUUCACAGUACCAAGCCACUAUUGGAAUUGACUUUUUAUCUAAAACUAUGAUGGUUGAUGAUAAAAUGGUUAGACUUCAACUUUGGGAUACUGCUGGACAAGAAAGAUUCAAAUCCUUGAUCCCUUCCUACAUCCAAGAUAGUUCGUUCGCUAUUGUUUGUUUUGAUAUUACAAGCAAGGCAAGCUUUGAAAAUGUCAAGACUUGGGUCGAAGAUGCCAGAAAUAUCCGAGGAGACGAUGUCUCAAUUAUAGUUGUUGGUAAUUAAAAUCGAUCUUGCUGACCAGAGAGAAGUUUAUACUGAAGAGGGCAGCAAACUUGCUCUUGAAUUAGGAGUCGAAUUUAUUGAGGUUUCAGCAAAGGCUGGAAUCAACAUCAAAGCCCUAUUUAAAACCCUUGCAUCUAACUUGCCAGGCAAUGAUACCCCUGCAAGCAAUGAAGCAACACAAAAUGCUAAGAAGGAAGAGACUCUAAAGCUCAAUGAAGAUAAUAAGGAAGAUGUCAAAAAGGGAGGCUGUUGAUAA